AUGUUUACAUCGCUCCCUCGCGUCGCUCCUGCCUUCCCUUUGCGAAGUAAUAUCAAUUUUGCGAUGCGGCAGCUCCCUAGUGCCUCGGCCUCGGUGUCGGUAUUGCCCACAAGAUAUUCUUCUUCCACCACAAAGAAAGAGAUCACACUGCUCCAGGAUAAGAAAAAUGGAUUUGGGUUUGCACGGUCAAACCCCAGACCACCCAAACCGAGGACCAAGGGCGUCACCGAGAUCAGAGGCCCAUACUAUACUGUCAUGGGAAAACGAUACCUAGCAGAUGUGCUGGAGACCAUGGGAACCCAUGUGGACGGCUUGAAGUUUGCAGGAGGGUCGUUCUCUCUCUUCCCAGAGAAACCAUUGAGGGAGUUGAUCGAUCUCGCUCACGAUCACGGAGUCUAUGUCUCCACAGGCGGUUGGGCUGAGCACCUACUCACGCAUCCCGAUGCAAGCGCCGUGUUUGAUAAGUACCUUCGCAAGUGCAAGGACCUUGGGUUCGAUGUCAUCGAGCUCUCAUCGGGCUUUUUAUCUAUCCCAGAAGACGACUGGCUCCGCCUUGUUGAUAAGGUCCACUCCUACAAGUUGAAAGCGAAGCCCGAGUUAGGGAUUCAGUUCGGUGCUGGGGGCGACACCCCCGCGGCAGGGUUGGAAGCCAUGGGCACGUCUGAUCCGUCGAAGCUGGUGAACUUGGGCCGUAAAUUCCUCGACGCAGGCGUCGAGCGCUUGAUGAUUGAGUCGGAGGGCAUCACGGAGAAUGUGGAGUCGUGGCGGACCGAUGUGGUAUCGAAGAUCAUGAAAGAGCUUCCUUCGGAAGGCGUCAUGUUCGAGGCAGCAGACCCGAAGGUCUUCAACUGGUACAUCCGAGAAUUUGGCAUUGAUGUCAACUUGUUUGUCGACCACAGUCAGAUUGUGCAGUUGUCGUGCUUGCGCCAUGGGAUUUGGGGCACGGCCGACACCUGGGGAAAGAUUCCAACGCCAUCCCGCGCAUUCGACUGCUCGAAUCAAGCUUCUCAGAGUACAUGCUUCAUUAUGCCGCGGGCAAGCACGGCUCCCGGUGCUCGACUCCGGUGCAGGAGAGCUUGCGAUAGUUGCAAGCGACGGAAGCAGAAAUGCAACGGAGAGCAGCCAUGUACAAUCUGCGUCCAACGUCGCAAAGAGGCCGAAUGUCAUUUCUCCGACAAGCCCGCCCGCUUGCUCAAGCCAAGCAACAACAACAACCCGAAAGAGACCAUGCUUCUCAGCGAACACCUCGUCCCAACCCCGCAGCGGCAGACAGCCAUGGACCGACUUCUGAACUCGCUCGAAGACCGUAGUGCAACAUUGGAACAACAGGCGACAGACGAUAAAGAUGGUACAGCUCCGGUGCCAAAGGUGGCUAGGCUUCUGCGUGACGGACAGGGAAAAUUCAUGUACAUUGGUGAUUCUGCAAGCUUAUCCUUCUUACAGAGUGUCCGUCGCAUCGUCUCCUCGUCGAUCGGCCGCUGUGAUUUCACGGAAGACAACUCGCGACAUUCAAUGCUGGAGGCUUUCCAAAAUAGUGCUUCGACACAGACGGGGCCUUUGAUCGCGCCUCCCAGCAACGAGGAGGCUCAACGGUUGGCGCGUCAAUACGUUCUUGCUACCAGCCCACUCCUAGACCUUUUUGAUCUCAACGAAUUUCACCCGCGUCUUGCCGACUGGGUGGGAAACCCCACUGGCGACGAAGACACGGUCAGCUCGAUCUUCUACCUCGUGCUCGCGAUUGGCGCACAGGUAUCAGACACCAAUCAGAACCUGGCUGAACAAUACUUCAUCAGCGGACGUCAAUUAGCGUUCUCUGCAUUCACUGAAACCCCUAGUAUCUACACGAUUCAAUCCUAUGUCUUGAUAUCUAUGUACAUGCUAGGUGCGUGUCGGCGCAAUGGCGCCUUCAUGAACCUUGGUCUCGCGCUCCGGGCUGCGUAUGCGGUCGGCAUCCAUAGGAAAGAUGCAAAUUCGCUGUUCUGCACUCGAGAGCGACGGGCCCGCGAGCGCGUCUGGAAGAGUCUUCGCAUGAUGGACCUCUACCUCAGUGCCUCUUUAGGACGGCCGCCGGCUACCUUAGACUUCGAUUAUGACCUUCGCGAAGACGGUCUUCCGGCGGAUCAACAGCGUCUCGAACCCGAAGAACAGUUAUCUAUGACCGUCGUUUCUUUGUGCCGCAUCUUCGAACGGAUUUUGACCGAAGUCUAUAUGCGGCAGGUAAUAUCGAUCACCGUGGCUGAUGCUAUCUCGAACCAACAUCGAACCUGGGUCCGUAACCUGCCUAUGUUUCUGCAGGUGCAGACAGAACGACUGGAGUCAAAAAAUCUAGAAGACACCUUGGCUGCGGCGCAUGUAUUCGGGUCGUAUUACUGGUCGAUCAUUCUUCUAACUCGUCCGUUUCUUGUUUUUCGGGUCUCGCAAUAUGUGCGAAGUAAAUCCGACUCCACAAGCUCCGGCGACACCAGGACCACCAAUUCCCGAAUCGCGCUCUUCGCCGAUGCAUGCGUCUACUCAGCCUUACGAGGUCUCAACAUUGUGGAUGGCCUUGCUCGAUACAGCAAUCUCCCUCGCAGGUUGCCUUUCCUGAUUAAUUCCGUCUUCAACUCAGCUGUGGUGCUAGGCGCAGCAUUCUUUGCAGACUACGACAACCUCCUCCCGCUGGAGGAGGGGAUGGAGAAGGCCGAACGGUUUCUUGGCUUGUUCGUGCCGCAUGAUCCUCAUGCAUGUCGCUUCUACCAGAUCAUCAAAUAUCUCCGUGCUGCGGUGGCCGAGUAUGUGCGUCGACGAAAUCGUCAAUGGAUGGAACGCCGUAGUCGUCAAGUGGACCAGCUUUUCGGCCAAGUCGGCACUUCGGAUGAGCCCCGGGCCGCAGCAGAUGCCAAUACUCCAUCAAGCCGACGCGGCGAUCAAGCGGCCGUCUUGUCACCGCUCUCUCCUGAGAAAAUGGGCGGGGGACCAACACUACCUCAUUCCUCCAACAUAACUACUGCCACCACCGCGGCUCCAGGCCAGGUGGAUAACGACAUUUGGGAGACCUUGUAUGGCACCCAGGGCGCGCCUCCUCUUCCCUAUGAUACGGCCGUCUCUACGCUCACCACGACGGGAAUUCCCAUCGGUUGUUCCCCCGGCGGGACCAUCCCGUCCGGUGUUUUACCUUCUGAGGUCCCGGGUGGCCAUACACCGCUGUCUGAUGUGAUCUUGCCGGACAAUGGCCUUUUGUAUAUGGCGGAGGAUCUUCCCGUGUUUGGUCUCUGGGAAGACGCUUAG